GGGCUUCCUUUUCCGGGUCUCGAGGCUGUUGAAACCGAAACUGCUGUGCUGUGGGCGCAGCGCCGAGCUUGAUUCACCUUCUCUUGUGCCGAACUCCAGCUGACCGGAGUAGGCAGCCAGAGAGCUGUAAAACAUGAACGGAAGACUGGUUUAUUUGGUCGCCGAGGAAGAGAUCAAUCUUACCAGAGGACCCUCAGGGCUGGGCUUCAACAUCGUCGGUGGGACAGAUCAACAGUAUGUCUCCAACGACAGUGGCAUCUACGUCAGCCGCAUCAAAGAAAAUGGGGCUGCGGCCCUGGAUGGGCGGCUCCAGGAGGGUGAUAAGAUCCUUUCGGUAAAUGGCCAAGACCUAAAGAACCUGCUGCACCAGGAUGCUGUAGACCUCUUUCGUAAUGCAGGUUAUGCUGUGUCUCUGAGAGUGCAGCACAGGUUACAGGUGCAGAAUGGACCUAUAGGACAUCGAGGUGAAGGGGACCCAAGUGGUAUUCCCAUAUUUAUGGUGCUGGUGCCAGUGUUUGCCCUCACCAUGGUAGCAGCCUGGGUUUUCAUGAGAUACCGGCAACAACUUUGAAAAACUUGCUCUCUUUCAGUACUCCCAAUGAAGAUACAUUUCACUCACCCUCCAUCCCUGCUAUUCCGCCAUGUCUUUCACUCUGCAUAGCCAGAUUUGAAGUGACUGAUACCCACCCCAAACCUUGCUGUUCAGAAUCUCCAAUUCUUCGUAUUCUAAUGGGAAAGUAAAGGUAUUGUUUGAAGGAAAACUGAAGAAAAGACUUGCUUAGAACAAAUGAGUUAUAUAUUUUACUAGGACUUUGAUAGAAAUUCAGCUACAACCCAAAGAGAGAAAGAUUGAGUCUUCGUGUCACCAUAGGCAAUAUCAUUUUUCUUAGCUGGCAUGCCAUAAAGACCAGCUGUGUGAUAUUAGAGGAAGAGAGCAUUUUUCUUUUUAAUGAUCUUUCUUGGGAAAUUAUUGUGGCCUUUAUUUAAUUUCUAAUUACAUACCUGGGUGCCUAUAUCAGACAAAGGAGAGUGAGAAGAGCAUUUUUACUUUUUUAAAAAAGCAAAUACAUAUAUACACAUACAUAUGUAAAUAUUAUAGUAUAAUAGUGAUACCGAUGGAGAAUUAAAGGUGAGAAAGCUACUUUGUGGUGUCUAAGUUUCUGAUAAAAGGGAUGAUCUUAAUUGAAGAAUUUAAAGAGACACUUAAAGAGCAAAUGUAGGAGCAACAGAGUGAGCCUUAGAAGAGGACGUUCAGUCUCAUUUAUUAAAAUAAUGACUGAGACUGGGAGAGGUGGCUCACACCUGUAAAUCCCAGCACUCUGGUAGCAUGAAGUGGGAGACUGCUUGAGUCCAGGAGUUUGAGACCAGCCUGGGCAACAUAGCAAAACCUCAUAUCUAUUUUUAAAAAAAUAGAAAAAAAAUGUAGUAACUGAAGCAACUAAUUAAAAAUCUUAGAAGAACAAUAUUUCUUCUUAUAACAACCAUGGUGGGUUAUUAUAAGGUAGAUUGCCAUAAUCCAGCGCUGCUCACAUCUAAAAAACUGUGAGGUGUAAAGGUAAAUCGUACCAAUCUCUGGGCUGCCCUAGUGAAUUUGUUGAUACCUCACAGUUCUGCUGAAGAACAGUGGAAUGAUUGUGGUAAGGGCUAUGGUGCUGGGGCCAAACACCCCAGCACGAAAACUCCAGAAGGACAGAAGAUAGGGUAGUGCCUCCAAGGUGGCACCUGAACCCUCUCAGGCUAUGUUUUUGGUUCUAGUACCAAACAAACCUGAGGGAAGGAGCUGCCUCCCUGGCAGGAUGGGCAUCAAAUCAACUCUGCUUCAGAUUUAGUUAAAAUGAGGCCAGGUGCAGUGGCUCACACCUGUAAUCUCAGCACUUUGGGAUGCUGAGGCAGGCAGAUGACAAGGUCAGGAGUUCAAGACCAGCCUGGCCAACAUGGUGAAACCCCAUGUCUACUGAAAAUACAAAAAUUACCUGGACAUGGUGGCGCAUUCCUAUAAUGCCAGCUACUCAGGAGGCUGAGGCAGGAGAACUGCUUGAACCAGGACCUGGGAGACGGAGGUUGCAGUGAGCUAAGUUCACGCCACUGCACUCCAGCCUAGGCUACAGGAGUACAUUUUUUUGAGAUGGCUACUCCAUCUCAAAAAAAAAGGGGGGGGGCAUGGAUUGCUAGUAUUUUUGAAAGGCUUUAUACACUACAUACGGUUUUUAAUUAAUAAACCUUUUUGCAGCAAGAGGGAGGAAAUGAGUUUUGUUUGCUUUAGGAGGUAGGGAAAUGUGAUAGGUGUUUCAUGUGGCCUAGGAGGAAGAUAUGAAUGAAUGAAUACUACAGAAUGCCAGUGAUAUCAAUAAGGUGGGAACCAUCCUGUUCAUGUUCUUUUAAGGCUGGUUUUAAGCACUGUGGGUAGCUGUAUUUUCUGGUUUUAAGAAAAUCAUUUCCAUUAGCCAAAUAUAUUGGCCAUACUAUAGGCCUUAUAUAAUUUUGACAGCAAGAUUAUCAGGACUCAGGCAAUCAAUUGUAUUUCAUUUCUAGCUUGAACAGUCUAGUAAUUAAACAAAUGUUGAUUGGACAUCAGCUUUGUCAAGACACUUUUACAAAGAAGUACAGUGCAUAUCCUCCAUCCCAUAGGGCUUUUGGGUUCCAACUGCAAAGAGAACACUCUUAUUAGCCACAUAGGUAGGACAGUGUAAGUAGGGGUCAUGUUUAUAUUACAGACAGCAAAA